GGACGUUUUCUAUUUCUGAUAGUUCUUAGUCGGGCGCGCAGUAUUACCGGUUCGGCGACACUACACUUGGUCAGCUGGAUAGAUAGAGAGGUUACAACGUUUCGAUCCGGAAUCAGCGUCGGCCGUGCCAAAAUCGGCUAAGAAGGAGCUAAAUCAGCUGUCGACGCUACCAACGGUUAUCCGUGCACAUACAUUUUGAAAAUGGAUUACAGAAUAUUUUUCCUUUCUUCCUGUUUAUGCGUGGGAUUAGUGACCGGUUACAGUUCCAGUUCCUACGCAGGCGGAUCGCCCUCUUCGAACUCUAGUAUGAGUAGUAAUUAUGGCAGCUCCUCGAGUGGAUCGUAUGGUGGCGGUAGCAGUUAUGGUGGCGGCGGCGGAUACGGAGGUGGUAGUUCGGUGAACAUUCGGGUGCACGCCGAGCCCAUUGAUAUCGGAUUACCUACCCUAGACGUGCCUCGUCUGGAAGUUCCGGCUUUCGAUAUGCCUAGACUAGAGAUUCCUUCCAUCGAGGUGCCGACACUUUCCCUUGAUAUCCCGAAAAUUGAUGUUCCCACUCUGGAUGUUCCUCACAUUGAUAUGCCCGUGUUUGACAUGCCCAAAGUUGAUAUCCCAGCUUUCGAAAUGCCCACGCUAGAGAUGCCGCAGGCGCCUGGUAUGGAUCUCGACCUGACGUAUCCGGUGUUGAACGUUGUCCGCGAACAGAACAACUACGGAAAUGGUUACAGUAACGGUGGCAGCUACAGCAACAACAACAACGGAGGUAACGGUUACAGCAGCGGCACAUCCAGCGGCAGCAACUACAACAGCGGUACCACCGGAUCCACCAACAGCAGCAACAGCAACUACAACAACACCAGCAACCGCAUGUCCAGUGCCGGCGCCAAGGUAGCCAACAGCAACACGAAAUCCAGCAUGAUGGCGGCGCCCAGUGAGAAGAAGACGGUCAGCGCACAAAUGGACGUCAGCGGUAAGAAAGACGCUAAAGUGGCCGCCAGUAUUCCCAAUGCCGGGGUGCCGGCUGUGAAGGCGACGACAGCGGCGCCGGAUGAUGAGGGCGAUGAUCAGGGUGAUGAUCAGGGAGAUGAUCAGGCGGAGAAUGAAAAGGAUUCCGCUCCAGCGAUUAAAGUUAGCUCGAGCGAAAAAUUAUUAAAAGGAUUAGGCAAAAAGUCCAGGAGGUGAAGUGAACGGGAUGUGACAUCAAUCAUGCGGAUACCCGGAUGACCUUUGGAGACUGCUCAGUUUUUUUGUAUUAUGCGUGAAAAGCGUUUGGGGUGUAAGUGCACUACUGAUUUCAUGAUCAUGACUUUGUUAAUACUUAUCUUUCAUGACGGUUGUAUAUACGUGUACAGAAAAAAUAAAUCCAUAUACA